CGAACGAGCCUUAAGCUUCUUAUUAUUCAAAUUUAAUUUUUAACAAUAAUAAAAAUAAAAUUGUCAAAAAUUGCGUGUUAAUAAUGAAAAUAGUCGAGAAAUUAUCAAGAAUUAAGCAGUUUGCGGAUUUAGAACAGAAGAAUAAUGUAAUAACAGUCAGAAAUGUGACGCCGUUAUUCAAUAACGUGCUCAACAACGUGAAAAAUGAAUAUUUAAAGUUUCAUACAUCGCGUGAACCUAAAAUUCGUAGUACUUUCAUAGAUUCAACGGGUGAAAAAGAUGCGAAUGAUUAUGCUGCAUAUUUACAUAAUUCGAAAUUUAUUGAUGCAUUUGUAGAGCUGAAAGAGAGUCAGGAACUUCCAUUUUGUAUAUCCGAGGAAAUUAAGGAGAAGAAUAAUCUCAUUGAGUGCAUUGACGACGGUACAUUGCGUGUAAUAUUUCCAAAGCGUUACUUGCUGAGAACAUCAUACUUUGUCAGCAAUAGUUUCAGUAAUGAAUCAUUCUAUCAUAUGCAGAGACAACAUAAAAUCUGGUGGAUGAAGUAUGGAUCAUAUCCAGGCAAAUAUAGAAUUUCAGACCAGAAGAGCGAUCCAAAAUUUAAAUUUGUAAACAUACAGUCAACAGUUACCGAUCAUUUGUUAAAUGUAGAAAGUUUCAAAUUGUUCUCACUCAAGGAUUGUAUAAAAGACAAGGAAUUGCUCAGCAAUUUCUUAUCGAAAAUUCCAAAUCAUAAGAAGGAAGUUUUACCGGAUGUGAUUAAGACUGUCGUGGAUCUAAAUGCUGCCACAAUGGCACUUCUAUUUGAUGCUGUUAAUCUCACAGAUUAUUAUACUGCCUUUCACAGGAGAAUCGCUCCAUAUCAAUUGUCAAUUGUCUGUAAUGGAAGUAAAGAAUACUCUGAGGAACUGACGGAUUUGGCACGAUAUGUACAACUGCUAAUUAUGGAAACAGAACCAAGAAUUCAGGUACUAAACGAAUUAAAGCACAAGUCAUAUGAUGAAGACAGUAUGCUGGAUAAACUUUUUAAUUCCUACGACACAAUUGGCAUUCCUUAUAAUCUUGUAUUAGAUGAUAAUUCCCUCGAUGAUGGAUUCCUUCAACUCAGGAACCGAAACACAACAUUGUCAGAAAAAGUCCAUUUGAGUGACGUCACAAACUAUCUGAUUAAAGUCUUUACCUCUGGUUAAUAAUCUUAGAUUUUAAGAAUCUUAAUCUCUUUUUGUAUUUUUGAUAAUAAAAGUGUGCCUUUAUACUUCCUUUUUACCUAAA